CAUAUCCUCUUCAAUAAUCGAUCGAGCGUCUAUCUUCAGUCACACUUUUCAUUGAGUCUAUUGCGGAGAGCUGACGAGCAGAAGAGAUUCGAGACAUUGGAAAAACGAUGGACUCCAAAAUUCUAGUGUUGUUGGGAAUCCUCCUGAUCCAAUGUGUUUCUGGUCUUGUACUAGUCGAUGGAAAAGGUGAACCAAGGAAUAAUGGAGCCAAAAGAGAACGCCGUUCUGAAGAAAAGAAAGAUUUUUUGCACCCUCCUCAGUGUGGUAAGCGAGAAGCAAGUCUCUGGAAAUCGCAUGGCAACGACGAUCUUGCAGAGCUUGGCGAUUGGCCUUGGAUCGCUCACUUCGCUGAUCACUGCACCGGCGUGCUCAUUUCGGAACGCCAUGUCCUCACGUCUGGACGCUGUGCUCCGGAAAACUUCAACGAAACAUUGGUACACCUUGGUGUAGUUGAUUUUUCAAAAAAAAAUGAAACAACAUUCCCACGAGGAUAUGGAAUCGAACGAGUUAUUAAGCACGGUGACGGAUACACCGAGCACGAUAUGGCCAUCAUUAAACUCAAGGAAGAUGUUGUUUUCACCGACUAUAUACGUCCAAUCUGCAUACCCACAAUUGGCGAAUUAAUGGAUAACGACUUCAGGAAUCAAUCAAUGUACGUUACCCAUUGGGCCGUUACUUCCCUCGAAACUUCUCCACCCGCUCGAUUAUUUCAAAGCCAAUUGGCAGUCGUUCCAAACAGUAGCUGCAAAAGAGCUUGGGAAAGUACGAGCAUCGAAGUCGAUGAAAAAGUGAUAUGUGCCGACUACGACGCAUCGAAUAAUUGCCAGGGUGACAUUGGAGGACCAAUGAUGCAUUUAUACGACGGUGCGUGGUAUUGCAUGGGUAUAUCGUUUGGUCAGAGAUGUGACCGGGCAUUUCCGACUAUUUUUCCAAGACCCGACAAAUACCUGGACUUCAUUCACUCUAAUUUAGACUGAUCGUUGUCGUCAAAUUAUACUUGUUCGGUAUCGAGUUCUUGGCUUUUAUGAAGAAAAUUCCAGAUGUAUCUAUUUUACAUU